AUGAAAUUCUACUUUGGUACGAAAAAUGUGCUCGUGAAGAAAUACGAGGAACUACGAUGGCAGCUUCGAAAAGUAGUAUAUUCAGAGACAUAUGAAGAUGAUACUGUAAGUUUCGAAUCCGACAAUUCGUCCAUAAUUAUGAGUGCACCACUGACGCAGAAGUACGUGUGUAAGGACCGCAUCAAUAUCACUCUUCACAGCCCAGGCUUCAGGGAUGUCAUAGCUGAGUUUACUCCAGAGAUCGAUGUGCAACCAUAUGGACCAAAGAGCAAUUUUUAUUUAUGCGAACGGACCCGUAAGCGAACGCUUACUGAAUCGUUCGAGAACAAGGCUACCAUAUUUUCGGGAAUCGUGCUUGGUUUGACAUCGGUGUCCGCUAUGAUUGGCCAUGCUGUUCGGCGACAUUUCAUUCCAGAGAGAAAGCAAAUGUAUGAAAACCUCGGAGUACAGUAG